UGUCAGUGGGUCAGUUGGUUCAGUCCACAUCCGUCCGUUCGUGCGGACGGUUAUUUUCAAGUGUGAUAUAAAAAUUAUAUUCGGUCAGGAUUAUCUAAAAGUAGUCGUUGCGAAGACUGAAUAAAAAAGAAAUUCUUCUAGCGCACUUUUCCGAUUUCACCGAUAAAGAUGUUCUCUCAGUAUUUAAUGAGAAUGAGCAGGUUUGGCAGAAAUGUUAGAUAUUUUCGAAAUAACGCUGCGCUACGUGAUGUGAAAGAAGUAUCUACACCAACGAAUGCUACGGCCCAAACUGCUGUGCCGAAACAAACAAAAACACCAGAUCAGGAGCAAGUUUUGGGCCCUAAAAUGAAGAGAGUUUCUGAUUUCGAUAAGCGAGUAUUGGUCUGGAUGAAAAAAUACCCAAACGUGGAAGCUGUUCCAGAAAAAGUAACACUUGACGUGCUGCAAAGGGUUCAGACGCAGGCUCGUGUUCGCGUGGCUAAUAUCAUGAUCGUGUUUACACUCAUCGGAUGUGUAUGGGCUGUUGUGACUGGAAAAAAGGAAGCAGCAGCUGGAAAAAAUUUAGCCCAAGACAAUAUGGAUUGGCACGAAAAAAUUAAUAAAGAGUACAGAGAAAGCUUGACUGCUGUUGCACCGAAAACAACAUAGUUAUAAAAAAUGUAUUGUACCCGUUUAGCCUGUAGGCUUGAAAUGAAUCUUUCACGUAAACAAUAAAUGAGCUAGUUAUUAUGAUGCGAGGGAAGGAAAAAUAACUUGAAAGAAGUCUGUAAGAAAAUAAUUUUCGUAAGCGUUUGUUGAUAUGACAUUAUAAUAGUUAUUCUAAUACUCAA